AUGACUUGGAUUGAACAUGAAAACGUCAGAGAUGAACGUGCUGAAACAUUUCAAUCAUUAUUAUGGCCUGGUGUGUAUGAAUGGAGUUAUGUAAUACGUACAACAUGUGCUGGAACAUUUAUCAUUUCACCAGCUAAAGCUGAAGAAAUGUAUUCACCAGAAAACUUUGGUCGAUGUGCAUCAGAGAAGGGUAUUAUUAACUAA